AUGCGCGAGGAGACGCUGAAUGAAAUUGCAUAUACACUGAGCGCUUCUGCCGCCGGCGCCGCGCCGGGCCACGACGUGGGCGAGGCGGACGUGGAGCGCGCGCUUUUCCGCUGGCUGGAACGCUACCGCAGGCGGCACGCCGGAGCCGCGGGCUCUGCCCCGGUGGGCGUGGCCGAGCUGCGCCGCAAGGCGCUCGCCCUGGCUCGCCGCCUGGGCGCUCCGACUGCGCUCGCCGCACAGCUCACGCGCGCCUGGGUGCGCCGCUGGCAGGCCCGCUACGGCGUCGCCGAUGCCGACGCAGACUCGCCCCCGUCCUUUCCCGAUACCGAUGCGGCCUCCAAUAUCGUCGACCGGGACGCGUGUGUCCGGCCGCCACCUCCGCCGCUCCUGUUGGACUACACCGACGAACAGGUGUACGUGGCAGUCGCGCUGGAAAUGCGAGUGGGCUCCCUGCCCGACCGAGCUCUCUGGACGUCGGGAGCGGCGGGAGACCGCGUGUGGGUUCUGGGGGCCUCUGAUCGCACGGGACGCCACCGGACGCGGUUGCUGGUGAUCGGGCGCCACUGGCGGCCGCCCUGCCUCGCGCACGUCAACAUGCUCAGCCAGCCCGUCGUCUACGCCGGCGGCGGCUCGGGGGUCCUCACGCCGGACCUGUUCGCGUGGUGGUUCCGGCGAGAGUUCUGCCCCGCCGCCUCGGCCGUUCACGGCGCGAGGGGCGCCGUCCUGGUCCCGGGCAGCGCCGUGGCCGCACUCGUGCGCGCCUCGGGCGAGCUGAGCUCGGACGACGGCAGUGUCCGCCUGCUGGCGCCCGGCGGCCCGGCCGUCGACACGGCCGCCGUAUCCGUGGAGCUGCGCGCGCGCUACGCCCAGUCGCUGCUCUACUGCAUGGCGGCGGAUGCCGGCGACGCCGAGGCAGCCGAGCACUGGCUGCGCCGCUGGACGCUGCUCGACGCGUUCCCGCUGCUGCACCGCGCCUGGCUGUCCGUGCGCGGCGACGCCUUCCAGCGCUGCUGGAUGGCGGCCGGCGCCGCACCUCCGGAGCCCGACCGCCUGCUGCUGCUGGAGCUGCAGUGGGCGGCGCACGACCGAGGACUCGAGGUCGCCGACGCGGACCUCGCCGCCUGGGCUCGAGCCGAGGACCUGGACGCGGAAGACCGCGAGCCCGAGCCGGCCGUCAAGGCGGAGCCGCCGGAUGAUGCCGAGGACGCAGGAGGGAACUUGCGGUCCGCCCCUGCGACUGCGGCGGCGCCAGCCUCGGCCCCGACGGCGGCCGAGGCGGCGAGCGCGCUGACCACGGCGCUGCGCUGGAUGGAGAGCCAGCCGCUGGAGCCGGCCAGCCUGCUGCUCGUCAAGGACGUGCUGCUCGUCGCCCGCCAGGCGAGCAAGAUGGGCCUGGCGCCGACGCACCCGGGCGCCACGCUGCCCUUCUUCUGCCAUAACGGGGAGCACCUGACGCAGCCGCCCCCGGCCCACAUGGGCAUCCCGCCGUACCAGCUGGACGGGAAGGGGGCGGGCGCCAUGGGUGAGUACUGGCGGGGGCUCGGGCUGGGCUUGGGGCUGGGACUCCGCGGGAGCGCCGCGGGGGCGCCGCCCGCCGCCUCCACCGCCGCCCCCGCCGCCCCCGCCGCCCCCGCGCCAGCGCCCGCGCCCGCUCCCGCGCAGCUCAGUCCCGGCGACUGGAAGAAGCUGGCGCCGCUCUUGGCCGCAUCAGGCCUGACGCGGCCGCCCAUGUACCCGUUCUCCACCGGCCAGUACCCCUACCCCAUGCUCAGCCCGGAAAUGUCGCAGGUCGCAGCCUCAUGGCACACGCCGAGCAUGUACCCGAUCUCAACGGCGGGCGCGGGAUUCCGAAGUCCCUACCCGACGUCUCUACCCAUCACUAGUACAAGUUUAUCUAGCGACUUCUACAGGUUCUCGCCGACGGGCCUGCUGCCGGCGCACCCCGGCCUCAGCCCCCACUCGCACCCGCAUUCGCUCGCGUCGCACCCCGCCAUCGUCACGCCGGGGCCCAAGCAGGAGCUCGCCGCCGCCGACCACAACCACCGGUCAACUGCACUGGAUCAGAAAAACUCCACCUCUUCGACAACAGAGGGCACAAAAGCACAGGAUUCAGCACAGACAAGCAACAACCAGGAUAAGAAGAAGCCACACAUUAAAAAACCCCUGAAUGCUUUCAUGCUGUACAUGAAGGAGAUGAGAGCAAAGGUUGUUGCUGAAUGUACUCUGAAAGAAAGUGCUGCCAUUAACCAAAUUCUUGGUCGAAGGUGGCACUCAUUAUCACGCGAAGAGCAAGCAAAAUACUAUGAGAAGGCGCGGCAGGAACGCCAGCUUCACAUGCAGCUUUAUCCCGGCUGGAGUGCCAGGGAUAAUUACGGAUACGGCGCAAAGAAGAAGAAGAGAAAGAAAGAACGCUCCGCUGACCCAGGAGGUAACAGCAUGAAAAAAUGCCGUGCCCGAUAUGGUCUGGAUCAGCAGAAUCAGUGGUGUAAACCUUGCAGGCGCAAGAAAAAAUGCAUCCGCUACAUGGAAUCUGGUGAGAGUGCAGACGGCAAUCAGUCGGAGGAUAAUCUCGGUAGCUGCGGGAGUGCGGGCGAAGCGCACACCCCACCCGAUGACGAUGCAGACGGUGACGGAGAGAGCUUGCCCCACUCACUGUCGAGCCCCGGCGGCCUGAGUGGGCUCUCCAGCCUGACAUCGCCGUCGAUGAUCCUGCCCAGCCCCGGCACGAGCCUGGCGAGCCCCUCGGUGAGCCUGGCCAGCCCCUGUGUCAGCCUCCAGAGCCCCCUCACCCCCCACGAUCCGUCGGGGUCCUCCGCCUAUGAGUGCAAACCUCCGGUCACGAACAGUGUGCCCCUCCCACUGCCACCCCCGUCACUCCACCACCACCACCAUCCGCCGCACCAGCACCACCCGCCGCCGGGUCCUCAGCCGCACCGGAAUCCUGUCGGGACCAAUCCUCGGGACGUUAAUAAUCCGCUGAGUGUGAAUCAGCUGACAGGUCAGUGCAUCAAGAGCGAAGGUGGCGGAACUGGGCAGGACUCUUCGUCUGCGUCAAGGCCCGUCAUCAGUGUCACGUAGCGGUGGCCGACCUCUGACCCCUCGUGAGUGGUCAGAUCGACUGUGCGGGGCCCAGGGACCGGUUCUGUGCGCGUUUAAUGUGUCGGUGGUUUUCAGGCUCUAUGUGGAUGAUUUAAUUCUGGACAGAAGUGAAAUACUCAGGACUACGUGGAAAGAAGAUUAUGCAUUACAAAACUGCAUUUGAAAAUGUAUUUCGGAUGUUUGUGUAUUAGUUUUGUUUUGGCCAAAACACUGUCACAAUUUUUUUAAUUGAAGAAUAUGUUCCUUUGUGCCAGAUAUGCUUAUUUUUAAACUGCAGGUGCAUUUCCUGUGAAUGUCUAAUGACCGUGCCGUAGAUAUUUUUACCCGUUGUCUCCUCUGCCCUUCUGUGUAUUUUUCUGUGUGGUGAAAAUUGUUUCUCACUGUCAGUUUUAUCAGUAAAAGAUACUGUUUUGUUCCCCUGACAGGUUUACAGGAAGAAUGCAUUAGCACAAUUUCAGAAUAGUUAACCUAGAUCUGAAUCAUACUAGUACUUUAAACAGCUAGUUUGUCAAUAACUUUUCACAAAGAGGUCGAAUAUCUAGUAUACAGUACAGUAGCUACUCAUUUCUGCAGCACGUUCAAUCCACACUUGAUAAAUACUACACGAAUAUAUGAGUCUGCAUUGAAAUUAUGUAACAAAUGGUUUCACAUUAUGAGUCAGAUCAGCAGUGAAAUCUCUGUGGUUACCCAUUUGAUCUCUCUCUCCUCCCCCCUCCCCUUCUGUGGUUUUGACUUUGAGAGGCAGGGGUUCAAGCUUAUACUCGUUCACAAGCGCUCCAGUUCCCACUUCAAAUAUAUGAUACAUUUUCCAUCUGUUCCCGUAAUAAACUGAUGAUUAUGGUGUAAGUAUAUACUGCCACUAAGUGUUGGGUGGUUUUACAGUCCAUUUAUUACACCAGUUCUGAAAUACAUCAGUGCUUCUAAAUUUGUGAAUGCUAUACCAAAGUGUGAAUCUUAGAUAAAUCUAGUCUAUUUUGCUACACUGUACAGGAAGGAAAAAAAUCUUAACACUGGCAGUGGAAAAAUAUGGGCAUUUGUUCCCAGAACCAGAACUGUGGUAGGCCAUACUUUGAUUUUGUCAGUAAUAUAUACCUACAGAAUGUAAACUUGUUUCAUCGAGAUAGAUUUGACAUGUGGAAGUUUAACAUUUAGUUUGCAUGACGUAUUUGUAGUAUUACAUUGGGCAUAUUUACAGAACUGUGUAAAUCAUAUAUUUUUCACAUCUAAGUAACGACCCCUGCCUGAUCAGAAUACCUUCAGCACUCCUUGCUUGAUUCAUUUAUGUGCCGAUACCAGGAACAAGUGACUGGUCAACUGUAAAUGCUUUUUCUUGUCUAGAGCAUUUGCUGUUUACCAAAAAUUUCACUUAAGAUUGCUCAUAACUAGUAUUUUAGAUAUUACAUUUUUUUAAAAGCCAUAUUGUGUUUUAUAGAAGUCUCCUUAAAGUUUUAUGCCAUGGAGAUAUUAUGUGCCAUUUCCUGAAACUGAUUUUUCCUAAUAAGUGAUUUCUGUUAUUAGUAUUGUUAUUUUUUAUAUGUGGUGUAUUAUGUAUUUAAAAAUGUGACACGAAACUGUUUGUUCGACACUACAGGAUGCCUGUAUGACUGAGAAUUGAGUGAGGAACAGCUCCCUCUUGUAUGUCUUGUCAUUGUCUGACAUUCUUAGAAGCUCUACAACAGGGUCACAACACAGCUUCACAGUGUUAUUACAUACUGUUAGUUGAAAAGAAAUAUGCAUUCUCUAAGAUACUGAUUCAUGAGAAAAGCCUACAGUGACAAAAUGCUAAAUUAUAUAUGCAUGGUCAUUAAGAUUAACUUGUGAUAUAAGAAUAAUCUCUCUUCUGUUAAAUAGGCAAUUCAGGAUCUUCUGAUAAAUUAUUUAAGCACAUCCUUUUUAUUCCAUCUGGUACUGUAAAUAAAAUGGUUGGAAUAGGAGGACAUGCAUAUCUUCCUAUAAGCUGGGCGAGUGCAAUGGAAAUUGAAGAUGUGGUUUUGAUGUUUUGUUAAUUUGUCAGCUGAAGGUGUUAAAUACAAAUAAAAAUUGUGGAAACAGUCACAGAAUAUCAGAAAGCAGCAGUUUAAUAGUAAAUGUGAUAUAUAUUUGUUGUAUUGGCUUUGCAGUCAGUGUAUUGUAUCCAUGAUUCAUUUCAUUUUUAUUCAGAUAAAAAAUUAUUCUCUCUUGUGUGAAAUCCAUUAAAUAUGGAGAUUCAGUACAUAAUUUAAUGUACAAAUUAUGGAAGUUUUUGAAUUGGUUUGAAAAAUUUAUUCUACAGUUAUUCACAUUUUUAACUAUGUUCAAUUUUGUUAUUUGUUGUUAUGUACUGGUGUUCCUAUAACAGCAUCACUUCCCUGUUCUCUUAUUGUAGAUUGGCUGUAAUUUAAGAUGUUAAAGUUUAUGUAACAGUAAUAGAGAAUGAUUUCAUAUAUUUAUGUGCAAAAAAUAAUUAAAGAGAGAUCCUGAUUUGUAUGCCAUUGAUUUGUGGCAUUAUGUACAGAUGUUGUUUUAUAAAAGAAAGAUUUUUUGUAAUAUGAAAAUGUGAAGAUAUUGUGUAUGUAGUCUGUUAAAGAAUGAGGAUUUUUAAACCUUGUAAUAAAUGUAAUCAUCAUUUACCUUCUA